AUGACUGACCCGGGUGUCGAUGACCUACACUAUGGUCACUUUGGUCAACCUGUGUACGACGUCGAGAACAGGACCUGGGUUUUCAAGCGAUCUCCUGGUGUGCGACGCGUCUUCCACCCCGUGGGCCACCGCCAGAUCGAGGUCCCCGCCACUAUUUCCACGACCACAUGCCGCGUGAGCUCGGCCGCUGAGCUGGACGACCAGCAGAGUCAUCUUCUUGCUCUAUUCCCCGAGUUUCAGGUCGCUGCCCCCCUUCUUGGCCGCCUUGCCCAGGUCUCGAAUGCGAUCGAAGCCGUUGCCACUACAUUUGAUCCUCUGACUGGAGACCUGCUGGCUUGUGGAAGAGCUGCCGAUGUGGACAACAAGCGCGGGAAGGGGACCAUCGGUUUCGUAGCCUCGCCUGGAGGUGUUGCUGGCGAAUCUCUUCGUCUAGUGCGGCGACAAGUUGAGCGCCAUGGUUGGUCUCAAGACAAGAACAUUCAAGAGGGUACGCUUCCUGGUAACUACGAUGGCUGGGGCCGCAUUCUGUGGGCCAACGACGUAACCACCGUGUUGGUUUGCAACAGGCGAAUUGUUCAGGUUGCAGAUUUCCAGGGCCGAUUAGUUUACUUGUCACCGUCGAGCCUCAGACUUGCUCGCACCUCCUCUUGGAUCUUGGAUGUGAGGAGAGAUCCUUCCGACUCAGGUCGCAUCCUUGUCUUGACCUCCACGCACCUUUUGGUCGUGAAGGUGCCGGUACCUACGGAGUCAGACGAGGGUGAUGGUUGGGUGGAUGCAGAUGUUCUACUCUCCUGGAGACAUUUUGUCCACGAAGAAGAUACGACAACGCAGAUUCAUGCAUUUGUAGAUGAAGAAGACACCGUUGUAUUUCUACAAUCUCAUGCUUUAUUUUACAGCAUUGUAUUCAGGUACCGCCGACAUGAGGAUAUAGACUUGCUCGUCUCUGCUUCGGAUCCCGCAACAUUCCUGCACUCGCAUCCUGCACUGCGUGGAAUGCACAUGGAGUCUCUCGAAUUCGGUAGUCAUCCUCUGGGCAUUGCCUCUGGGCCUGGGAGCGACUACCGCGACAGUGGGCUCCGAUUCUUCAACUUUCAUCUCCUGUCAAAAACUCUGGAGACAAGUCGAAUGCUUGUAGUCGUUUCGGAUGAGGCAUCGGGUCCAUUAAAGCAGCAACGAGCUGCCCUGGAAAUCGAGAGUCCUUCUUGGACAAGAAAAACCGGACCUCAAAGUUCGUCUCGCUUCUUGGACGACUCAUCCUCUGAGGCGGAUGACGUUGAAGAUUUGGAGAAUGAAUCAAAGAACUACGAGUUGCGAAGAAGAAAGACUACAAUGGUUUCAGUGGACGAGGUCCAGAUGUGGAGGUUGAAAAAGUUGUCUCAGCUCAACGAUUUGCUUGACGACAUGAGCAAGAUCGAUGAUCUUACGCGGGAGGACUCUUCUGCGAUGAUGGCCGAGCUCUUCACGAACAUCGGCUCGAUGGAUCCCACGGAAUGUCGCCCAAACAUACUGUACCGUGUUGCUGGCAGGGAGAUCUCAGAUCUGAAUGUCGCUGACGUUGACGAGACGUCUGCAUCUUUUUCGGAGUUGGCGAGAUCUGUCUCCGGGCAGGAUGAUGGUGAGCCAUCAUUGGCCAUCAAACCCUUAGGUGGAGCCUCCAUCGUCGAAUUUGAGGAUGGCAUUCCGUCCAUCUCGCUGACGUAUGAGAAAUUCAUCCAGAAGCAUGUGUCGACCAUGCCACCGAAUACGGCAGCAAGAGAUCGCCUUGAGCGAGAAAGGCUUGCCAGGCGUGUGUCAGUGCUUGCUUGCCUCGCAAGUGUCAAGCUAGAGGUGCAGCAGCCGGAGAUGGAGCGAGACUCAGUUGAAGCAUCUCAACUCAUGGAUGAGGACAGCUAUUCAGCAGGGUACCUGAGCUCCGAGCCGGACUAUAGUCAAAGUUCGAACUAUGCACUGCCGACUCCAGAGGCUACGCCCUCGCUUGCCUCCGAAGUAGAUUUGGAGUGA